CGUGACGCGUUUCCAGUUAGCGAGAGGAAACAUGGCGUCUGGCACAGAGGCUGUUGCUCCCAGCGGUGAAGAGGAAAUCACAGAUACUCCAGGAGGCCAGAAGAGAGAAGAGAGACUGAGAAAAUUCAGAGAGCUUCAUUUCAAAAGGAAUGAGGCUCGUAAGAUAAACCAUCAGGAGGUGGUGGAGGAGGACAAGAGGCUGAAGCUGCCAUCUAACUGGGAGGCCAAGAAAGCUCGUCUGGAGUAUGAGCUCAUGGUGGAUCAGAAGAAGAAGGAAUGUGUGGAGCGUGGGGAGGACUACAACCGUGUGAAGCUCCUGGAGGUCAGUGCUGAAGAUGCAGAGAGAUGGGAGAGGAAGAAAAAGAAGAAAAACCCUGAUCCAGGAUUCUCCGGGUACGCUGAGGCCCAGUUGAGACAGUACCAGAGACUGACAAGGCAGAUUAAGCCUGAUAUGGAGAACUAUGAGAGACAGAGAAUGGAGUGUGGUGAAGAUUUCCACCCCACCUCCAACAGUUUGAUUCAUGGAACUCACGUCCCUUCUAAACAGAGCAUCGACCGCAUGGUGGAGGACGUGGAGAAACAGAUUGAGAAGCGUUCGAAAUACAGCCGCCGCAGAGCCUACAACGACGAUGCUGACAUCGAUUAUAUCAACGAGAGGAACGCCAAGUUUAACAAGAAGGCCGAACGUUUCUACGGCAAAUACACAGCCGAGAUCAAGCAGAACCUGGAGAGAGGAACCGCCGUGUAACCAUGGAGACUACGAAUGGCACCUGUCCAUCUACCAAGCAGCCAUACAGAAAUAACUCUCUUCUGAGGAAGUUUCUUUUUCCCUAUGGUGGUCUUUUACAUAUAAAAAAAAGUGCGUGUCUGUCUGUGUGUGUGUGUGUGU